AAUGUGGAAGAAGGAGGUGCGGCUCACCAGGCGGGUUUAAAAGCUGGAGACCUGAUUACUCAUAUCAAUGGAGAGCCAGUGCAUGGUCUUGUUCAUACGGAAGUCAUUGAGUUGUUGUUAAAGAGUGGUAACAAAGUCUCUGUAACGACAACCCCUUUUGAAAACACUUCCAUCAAGACAGGACCUGCCAGGCGAAACAGCUGCAGGAGCCGAAUGGUCAGACGCAGUAAGAAAACCAAGAAGAAAGAGAGUUUAGAGAGGAGAAGAUCUCUCUUUAAAAAGCUGGCCAAGCAACCCUCUCCUCUUCUUCACACCAGCAGAAGUUUCUCCUGCCUGAACAGAUCACUUUCAUCAGGGGAGAGCCUGCCUGGGUCUCCAACCCACAGCUUAUCUCCUAGAUCACCUACCCCCAGCUACCGCUCUACUCCUGAUUUUCCAUCUGGUACUAACUCUUCCCAGAGUAGCUCCCCUAGUUCAAGUGCUCCCAAUUCUCCAGCUGGUUCAGGACACAUAAGACCCAGCACUCUUCAUGGCUUGGGUCCAAAGCUUGGUGGGCAAAGAUACAGAUCGGGAAGACGCAAAUCAGCUGGCAGUAUUCCCCUCUCCCCUCUUGCACGGACACCUUCUCCAACACCCCAGCCGACAUCCCCUCAGCGAUCUCCAUCACCAUUGCUAGGACAUUCGAUUGGAAAUACAAAAAUAGCUCAAUCUUUUCCUAGCAAAAUGCACUCCCCUCCAACUAUUGUAAGGCAUAUUGUUAGGCCAAAGAGUGCAGAGCCACCAAGAUCUCCACUGUUAAAGAGAGUCCAAUCUGAAGAGAAGCUUGCACCCUCUUACGGCAAUGAUAAGAAACACUUAUGUUCACGAAAACACAGUCUGGAAGUGACACAGGAAGAAGUGAAUAGAGAAUUGUCCCAAAGGGAAGUAACUCUUCAGAGCUUGGAGGAGAAUGUAUGUGAUGUGCCAUCACUCACACGAGUCAGGCCUGCAGAGCAGGGCUGCUUGAAGCGACCCAUCUCCCGAAAAUUAGGUAGGCAAGAAUCCAUCGAUGAGCUAGACAGAGAGAAGCUGAAGGUCAAGAUAGUUAUGAAAAAGCAAGAUUUUGCUGAAAAAGUAAAUGCUGCUAUACAUGAACCUAGCAGUGAACCAGAAAAUCCCAAUACUUUAAGAUUGGAAGAAAGAGACAAAAAAGCAUUCCAGAAGGUGUUAGAAAGAUCAAAUCAGUUUGAAACAAAAAUUGUUGCUUUGGAGACCCAGUCAGCUGGUGGCAUACUCAAAGACACCCUUCAAAAGAAUGCAAACUUGAGAUCAAAUGAUGGUGUUGCUUUAGAUGCACAGAUGUUGUGUCAUGGGCCUCCGCUUAAUGAACUCAGUCACGUUUCUUACGACUUCAAAAGAAUUUCCCCUCCAUGUACACUGCAGGAUGCACUACCUCAGUCCUCUGACAGGAUGCUAAAUGCAAAGGGAGAAAACGCAGAUAAAAAUGUACCCACAAAAGAAUUUGUCAAAUUUGAAAGAUUAGAUGGUAAACUUGCAAAUAUUGAUUAUCUUAGAAAGAAAAUGUCCAUGGAAGAAAAAGAUGAUAGUGUCUGUCCAGUGCUAAAACCCAAAUUGACAUCAACUGUUCAUGAAUGCCUUCAACUUAAUACAGGCAGACCCCUAAACAUACAGCAGGACUCCACUGCUGUUGCUGAUGGUAGAGCAUUUAUCAGCAGUGCACAUGCUGCUCAGAUUAACUCAGUUUCUUUUGUUCCUCUCAAGACCUUGAAUGGCCGAGCGGAUGUGAGUGUUGAAAAAUCAGCCCUUAUUUCCACUGAGGCUCCUGUCAGAAAAAGUCCUUCAGAAUAUAAACUUGAUGGGAGGUCUGUUUCGUGUUUGAAGCCAAUAGAAGGCACACUAGACAUUGCCUUACUUUCUGGGCCACAGGCUUCGAAGACUGAACUGCCUUUGUGCGUGCUGCUGGAAGGACAGAGCACCAGCAGUGAUGGGGGAUCUCCUAAGCCCCCAGCAUCACAAGGGAGUCAGAAAGAGCAGUUUUUAAGCUAUUCAAAAUCUGGCAAAGUCAACAUACCAGAGCCUCAGGUUCUGCAAACAAGCAGGAGUUCUCCAAACCCACCAGUCAUCCCUGUGGCUGCAGAAGUAGUGACAGAGAAAAAGGUUUCUAGCCCAGCUACUAAAGGCAGUAUUUCUGUUACUGAAGCUGUUCAAAAGAAAGACACCUCCCCUUCAAAACAAAAGGACAAUUCAAUGGAGGCAAAGUCUUGUGUUGUUCAAAGUCAGAGCGUUACUCAAAGUCAGAGUGUUAAAACUACUCAAACAUACUCCAAACUUUCUGCUGUCCAAAGCACUCCUGAAAAAGCUGUAGGAAAAGAGAAGCAAAUAGAAAAGGAGUUGCCUGCCAAACAGUCAGUAGCCCAGAGAAGUUGUGAGCCUAUCCCUGCAAAGGUCGAGGUGAUCAGGGAGUCAUCUCUGAAGGUAUCUGUCUCAGACGUCCUGAUAACGAGCUACUCCAAAAGCAAUGAAAAAAAUUGUGCUGAUUUUGCCAUUCCACCUCAGAUGCAAGGAAAAAUGCAGGCAGCUGGUCCCAAGGCACAACCUAAGGAUGGCAAAGAAUCACUGAAACAGCUAGGCAAAGAUGACAGCAGUGUUGCUAGUAGUUCUGUGGAAAGGGACAUAACCAAGCAGAAAGUUCUCAGUGAGUCUAAGAAAGUUAUCGCAGAGUCAAAGAGUGAAGCUCUUCCAUCCAAACGGCCCAUGCAACCCUCAAUAGAUUGUGAUCCCAGAAAUGAGAAGUCUGCACCAGUUUCCUCUGUGCAGAAGGACAAUGCCAAAGAUUUAGGAAAGAAAGAUCAGAAACAGCUCACUGACAUAAGGCUUCAAACUACUGACAGAGAGCAGUCCAGCCAAGUUCCUCGGCAGCAGCUUAACACUUCAGGCUCCCCUGCUGUGAGAGACACUGUAAGCAGAAACUGUGCUGUAGAUGUUCAUGCAGGUGUUCAAGAACAUGUGAAGCCUGCUGCCACCUAUGUGGAAAGCAGCAGUAAUAAACACAGGCCAGUCUCUGAUACAAGUUCCUCUAAGUCUAAGUACUUGGAUAAACAGACAUUGUCACAAAAACCAUGCACUCCAACCAUAAAAGAAAAAGAAACUAUUAUUCAGGUGUCUACCAGCUCCCGGAAAGAUGGGAAACAUGCCAGUAAAAAUGUGCUAGAUCCCCUUUCUUCUGUUUCAGGCUCUUUGAGAAAAAUGAGCAAUGAACACGUGCAGGCUGAAAGGCCUGUGAGUUUGGAGCAUGGCUCAGUGGCCAUCUUCCAAAUGAGCAGUACCACUCCUGACACCAAACCCAAAUCCUCUGCUGUCAACCCGGUACCAGCAGGCCCUGAGAGUUCUAAGCAGAUGCAGAGGCAAGAACCAGCAGGCUUAGGGGAAUCUGCUGAUCAAAAGCAACUUCACCUCAAUGAAAAACAAACCAUGUCUCCAAAGUUUUCCACUGUGAAAGACUGUCUCUUGCUGAGCAAACAGGCAGACCGAAGUCCUAGUAACCAGACGAUCCCUGCAGACAAAAGACCCGAAGGAAAAAUAUGCACUGAUGCACUUUAUGUUCAGCUUGACAGUGGGAAAGUAGAGCCUACUCUUUGCCUCUCAAACUGUGAUGCCAGAGGGAAAGGAACAGAAAAAGCAACUGCAAGUAGCAAAAGCUCUCAAGAUUCAAAAGGGAAAGGACAAGUUAAUCAAAAACAGCCAGAGGAUGCAAAUAAGCAGAUUGCAAUAAAACAUUUGUCAGCUGCCAGCAGUCGUGUGGCUGCAACACCAGGAAAGCCACUGACUUGUUCAGCCAGUUUCUCUGAAUGUAGACAAGAGGUAUCUGUUUUGUCUUCAGCGAAGAGUGAUGGAUCUUCAGCAAAAGUUAAAGCAGGCUCACCUGAGAUUUCUGCAACCUGCAAGGAACUAAAUAAGAAAAACACGUCUUCCGCAGGGAGCGGUAAGGCAGAAAUGACUAAAAGUGUUUCACUGAUGGCCUUGCACAGUGCUGCUGUUGUAGUAGAAGCCCACCACCCCGCUUCAAACCUUGGGGGGAAACCUGGAAAUCAAGAAAAGUCUUUUUUUGUUAACACUGUGGAUGUAAAGGGAAAAGAUGCUGUUCAGGCUCAGCAGUCUGCUUCAAGAAAACAGAAUGUAGGUAAAGAUUUAUCCAGGUCAGCAACCACACCUGACCGCCCUAUCGCACUUUCUAACGACAAAGAUUCAGCUCGGCAGCGGCGAGGAAAGGAAGCUUCGCGGAGCAGUCCUCACAAAAAAUCCUGUUAA